AUGGGCUGCAAAGCAAGCAAACCAGCCGCUGAAGAAGAGGCUCCUCCCUUGAAGAAUGACGCGGACCAAAACAACAACCUUGGUUCGACGAAAAGCCAUGACAGUGGCAAAGAAAUGGACGUUCGUGUGAAUGACAAUCUCCCCUUGACGGGUGAAAAAUCCGACAAACUGUACAAACUGUUGGCCAAGUCUCAAAUGACGCACAACUCGGGGAAUGACGAACAGCGACAAAAAGACUUGGCAUUGCAACGGGAAAAUUGGACCAAAGUCAUGGAAUGCUGUAAAUUGGAUCCUCGAUCGGCCCUCUACCAAAAUCCAACCACCAAAAGUACUCCUCUACACAUGGCGGUCCGAUUGAUUGACAGUGAAAGUGGCAGUGCUUCCAGUGACAGCAUUUCGCUGACAGACCUCAUUCGAGCACUCAUCAAAGCCAACCCCAAAGCACUGGCUGUCAAAGAUGCCGGGGGAAAUAUCCCACUGCACUACGCCAUUGCUCCUACCACACAUUUUCAACCGGGAUGGCCCAUGGCACAAUGGAAACUGCGAUCCGAUAUUGUCCGAUUACUGGUGCAUGCCGAUCCCAAUACAGCGCAGGAAUACAUG